UUAGAGAGGAGGAAUGACACAGGGAAGAGGGUCAGCAUAGACAGCAAGCAGAGUCAUGGAUUUCUGUACACAGCUGGCCAUCUGCCUUCAGCUGGUGCUCUGGACCACCCCAUUAGUUGUUCCUGCUGUUUCCAGACAAUAUGGGGAGAAACCCUCCUUCUCAUAUGCACCUCCUAGGCUUUCGCCAAGUGGAAAUGGGAUGGUUUCAUCGGAUCAGUCUUCCUAUCCAGAAACGCCGUGUAACUUUGGAUGGAAUUGCUCCUGGGUUACAUCAGCUGAUGCCUCUGGAAAACCAGACUGGACAUUAUCUUCAGUGGUUGCUUUGACUUCUCCUCAGGAACAGCAGCAGAUCCUGGAGAAUAGCUCAUCCAACAGAGAUCUAGAAGGGAGCAUUCUUCUGCUGAACUUCAGCCGGAUCUCAGAAAAGUGCAGGUUCAGCCUCCACAGCCCGGUCAUGCCAUGGAGCUCUGAUUUCUGUCUGUUGGAACUGGCAGUGUAUGGGCAGGAUGCCACACUGGCAGGGCUUUCUGUGGAAACUCAAUAUGUGGAUUCUAACCACAGCAUAGCGGUGCCCCUGCGAGAGGGACAGGAAGAAGAUACAUGGGUGAAGUGGAAAGUUCUGGAGGGUUCAAUUGGAAGAAUGGACAGGCCCUUUGAGAUCACCCUACUGUAUUCAAACUGUGGAAGAAAGAGUUCUGGUCUUUUGGCAUUGGGCUCUUUGCAAUUCAACAAUUGCUUUCAUGACAAAGAUGAGCCACAUCUUUCUGAAUACAACAAGGGUUCUAAGGGCCCUUGCCCUCAUGGAGGAUGCGUCAGCCACCUGCAGGUGUGUGAUUUUGACAGUGCUUGCUCCACCAAGGAAGGUGAUAGAUCCAUCUGUGAAGAGCUCCCAGAAGGAGCACACUGUUCUUUUGAGGAAGGUGCCUGUGGCUGGACGUUGGAGAGCAACAUGAAUUUUUCCUGGUCAAUUAAGAACUUUUCAAAGAUGCAAAAGGAUCUGAAUGAAGACUCUAUCUUGCAUGCUACUGAAGGUCAUAUGCUCUAUCUGCAUGCAGACAGUGAUCGCACAGAUGCUGCUGCCCAAGCAUAUAGUUCCAGUCUGCCAGCAAGUCUUGCUUCUGGAGUCUAUCAGGUUCAAUUCUCAGUGGGCAUUUUUGGCCCCUAUAAUGGCACCAUCUCACUGUCUGUUCUAGAAGAGGCAGGUGGCAUUAGUGCUUCAUCACUAGUGUGGGAACAGAAAGGAAGCUGGAGUGAUAACUGGUUUCUCAUAACUGCAGAAAUGCCAGAGCUUGAGAAGCGGUUUCGGCUGCAGUUCUUGGCCACCUGGGGCUGGAAUUCACAUGCUGACAUUGCUGUGGACAACAUUACCUUUGGUGUAGACUGCUUCCCUGAUGAAGCACCUAUUGUUCACUGGUGGUUCGGUUCUUGCGGAGCUAGCGGGCCUCAAGGGCCAACUCAAGCACAGUGUGAUAGUACCUAUUACAACACGAAUGUUUCAGUGACUGUGGAGAAAGAUGGACCAUUACGAGGGGUACAAGUGUGGAAAGUGCCAGCAUCAAAUCGAUAUACGAUUUCAGCAUAUGGAGCCGCUGGAGGAAAAGGAGCGAAGAAUCACAACACGAGAUCCCAUGGGGUCUUUAUUUCAGCCAAUUUCCAGCUCGAGAAAGAUGAACUCCUAUACAUUUUAGUGGGACAGCAGGGAGAAGAUGCCUGUCCAGGGGGCAGUUUUCUGGCUCAGCAGAUCUGCUUGGGGGAAUCGUCCAUCAUUGAAGAAGAAUACAAGAAAGAGAAGGGCCUGACAGACUGGGCAGGAGGAGGGGGUGGAGGUGGAGGAGCCACAUACAUCUUUAAGCGGAAGGAUGGAGCUUUUGAACCCUUGCUCAUUGCCGCAGGAGGAGGAGGAAAAGGUUACUUGAAAUAUCAGGAUGGUUCCCCAGAAGAUGUCUUCUUGGAAAAGUAUGUGAACAGCACCACAGUACCUGGAAUCAAUGGGAGAACUGGGGCAGCAGGUGGAGGAGGUGGUUGGGAAGAUAUUACCCACUUUUCUUGGGCUGGAAAAUCUCUGCUGGAGGGUGGAGAAGGUGGCAUGGCCUGCCAACAAGCAGUGGACAAACUCCAGUGGGCCACAUCAGGUGGCUUUGGUGGUGGUGGAGGUGCUUGCACAUCUGGAGGAGGAGGUGGAGGAUACAAAGGUGGUAAUGCCUCUGAAACUGAUGAUAUCACAGCUGAUGGACAAUACGGCCUUUCCUUUGUGAAUCCAAUUGGAGAGAUCUUCUUGCGUCCUUUGGCAGUUAUGGAGAGCCAUGGUGAUGUGAUGAUUGAAAUCUACUUGAACUGCACCCACUGCCAGUCGGGUAUCUGCAAACCAGGCCCUGACCCCUCCUUGCCAAUCUGUAUUUGUGGGAUCGGAACCAUUUUAGCCAAUGACAAUGUCUCUUGUACAGAUAUUCAUGGACCUAUUCCAGAAGGACACCUGCCUUUCCCACUCAUCCUGACUGUGGUAGCAAUUAUUGUGGUGCUUGGAACAGCUCUCACAUGUGGCAGCCUAUCAAUUGUAUAUCAUCUCAAGAAGCAACAGCUGGCAGGAGCCCGGGCACAUUUGCAGAGUCCUGAAUAUAAGCUGAGUAAAAUCCGUACAUCCACCAUUAUGACCGAUUACAACCCCAACUACAGUUUUGCAGGAAAGGCAGCCACCCUCAGUGAACUCAAGGAGAUUCCACGGAAGAACAUCUCACUGCUAAGGGCACUUGGACAUGGGGCAUUCGGUGAAGUUUACAAAGGGACAGUGGUUGGAAUCACAGGAGAUCCCAGUCCUUUACAAGUGGCCAUCAAGACAUUGCCAGAAAUCUGUUCUGAGCAAGAUGAGAUGGAUUUCCUGAUGGAAGCACUUAUAAUAAGCAGGUUCAGUCACCAGAAUAUUGUGCAGUGCAUUGGGGUGAGCCUCCAGACCUUGCCUCGUUUUAUCCUGUUGGAGCUUAUGACUGGUGGAGAUAUGAAGAGCUUCCUUCGGCAAAAUCGCCCCCGAGUGAACCAGCCAUCCACUUUGACGAUGCAGGAUCUGCUUAACAUAGCCAGGGACAUUGCAUGUGGCUGCAAGUACCUUGAAGAGAACCACUUCAUCCACAGGGAUAUAGCUGCAAGGAACUGCCUUCUGACUUGCACUGGGCCUGGUCGUGUAGCCAAGAUUGGUGACUUUGGAAUGGCCCGGGAUAUCUACAGAGCAAGCUACUACCGCAAAGGAGGGCGAGCCAUGCUUCCAGUCAAGUGGAUGCCCCCAGAGGCUUUCCUUGAAGGAAUCUUCACCUCCAAGACGGACACUUGGUCCUUUGGAGUGCUGCUUUGGGAGAUCUUCUCUUUAGGCUAUAUGCCUUAUCCUUGCAAAACCAACCAGGAAGUACUAGAGUUUGUUACCAGCGGGGGACGAAUGGAUCCACCAAAGAAUUGUCCAGGGCCCGUUUAUCGGAUCAUGACUCAGUGCUGGCAGCACAGCCCUGAAUAUCGACCCAACUUCUCCACCAUUCUGGAAAGAAUCAAGUACUGCACACAGGACCCUGAUGUGAUCAACACAGAACUGCCCAUCGAAUGUUGCCCAACACUGGAGGAGGAAGGAACCACAUUGUUGCAUCCAGAUAGUUCCACAAGAAUGGUUCCUUUGCUGGGGAACACUUCUCUUACGCCUCAGGCAAGCCCCAAAAUAUCAGAACACUGUAACUCAGGGCCAAAAUACGUACAAUAUCCACAGGAGCUGCUGGUGGAUAACCUUGCGAACUGGACAGUUAAAGGAACUAACAUGCCUUGCAUCAGUGAUUCUACCACUGGAACUUGGGCUCAGCUGACUCCCAAUGAGCAACCAGAAUCCACAAACCCACCAGUACACAAGUUCAAGAAUAAAACCAAAAACCUUUGGAACCCAACUUAUGGGUCCUGGGUCAUGGAAAGUAUUUGCCAGCCUGGACCCAGCUCCAAGCUCAAAGUAACACGAGACCAAGAAGACUCAGGAUUUGACGGGAACUGCAGUUCCUCCCCUAGUCCUCGGGCAUCACCAGCAUCUCCAAGUCAGAAUCAUCAUUCUCCUCACAUUGGUAUUGGUGGGAUUGAACUGGUGAAGCUACAGAGUUUCCCUUGUGGCAAUGUGAAUUAUGCUUAUGAUGAUCUUUCCUGUGAAACUAAUCGGCCUUCAAGCUUGACAGCCAAGCCAGAUACACUGCUGAGGAGUGCCAGCUUUCACAGAGAUGGCAAGCUUUUCAGUAAACCAGAAAAAGCCUCAAGAGAAAGGGACUCUGGCCUUUCCUUGUCUGAUGAUCUGAGUGUUACACCUGUAUAACAAUGUGUUCCUCUAGAAAGUAAGGACUUCGCUGGAAGAAUGAGCUAUGACCACAAGAGCCAUUAUAAUGUCCUCUUUGUUGUUGCUGCCAUCGUAUUCCUCCCACUCACCAUGUUAUAGAAGUGAAUGGUUUAAUGUUGUCUUUAUCAGACUUGGAGAACGGUGAAAGCCUUUCAAAAGGAUAAAAUUUAGUCCAAUCUAUUAAGCCAGUAUUGGACGAAGGGUUACAGAAGGCAAUGAUGCCCCUGCUCAAAAGAUUCAGGGUCAAACAGUUCAUGGAGCCAAUCAUACACAACCCACACUGGUGAAAAGAUCAUUUCAAUAGUCAAACAGAAUAAGAAACAGGCAAGUUAUUGAUUCGACAGAUAGCUGGUCCUCCCUACAACUGAUACACCUAUAAUACUAGCGAGGCAGUGAGAAAUAAGACCUGUUGGAAAUAAGACCACAUAGCAUGGCUGAAAAGGUAAAGUAACAACAUGAACGCACAAAGAAAAAGAACCAACAUGAAGGAAGAGAGUAGAAGAUAUCCAGGUGUGCUCUUAGGAUCAAUAUUAAAAACUCAAAAAAUAACAUUUUUAGAGGGGCAACUGGAAUUGAUACUAUCCUUUACGAUUAAUGAAAGUGGAUUUACACAACUUUCUAGUCCAAGCUUUCACUUCCUGGCCCUGGAAGCUUCAAGAGUUACCCUCCUUUAUGUUUAAGAAAGUAGACUUUUUUCUUUUAAUGGGAUUUAUUGACAAGAAACACUUAUUUUAAAGGGGUUAUUUAAAGCAAGGUCAAAAAUAAUUUUGUGGAGAAUCCCAUCUUAGGUAAAGACUAUUACCAAGCAGCGGAUAGGCUUCUGGUGACAAUAUGUACUCAGUAUUGGCAAGUUAAGCUGAGGAUGGAAACACAAAAGUAUUCUUUAAAGGUUUGUGGCUCCAUUGCAGAACAUUUUUUUCCUGUCAAGUCACAUCUGACUAGCGGCAAUCCCAGUGGGACUUUCAAGACAAGAGACAUUCAGAGGUGGUUUGUCAUUGCCUGCCUCCGUGUCAUGAUCCUGGCAUUCCUUGGAGGUCUCCGCCUAGCUUCCAAGAUCUGAUGAGAUCAGGCUACUCUGGGCUAUCCACAGAACUCCAUAAAUGAGUGGUCUUGUGGAAAUGCCCCUUUCCUAUGAACUAUCAGUGCAGGGAUACUUCUCUUUUACACAUGAAAGCUUUAUUCUUGAGUAGCCCACAGUAAAAAUAAGCAUCAGAUAUAUGCAUAUGUUUGGCUACAUAUACUCAAAGUGCAGGCAGAUAUUUUGGCAAAAGUAGGAUGUCUCCCACAGUGCCCCCCGUUUUGACAGGUAUAGGAAACCACCUCCAUUGAAAUCACUGACUGCCAUCUCCUCUUCAAGUUUGGCAUGGGUCCUUUCAGAUAAAUAAAAGGUAUUUCCCAAAAAUCACACAACAUGAAUGGGGAGGGGGGUAUGUGCAUAGCUGGGCACGGCAUGCAUGAGAAGACCUACUUUAGAGCAUGCUCUUUUUCUCCAUGCCAGCAGAACAAGAGGAAAAGUGGGCUAGCAAGGAUACAUCUGAAUAUCCUAAUGACAACAUGAAAUUUUUAAAAGUUGCAAGCAUCCAGGAGGAAGGAUAAUAAUGUCAUUCAAGUAGAUCAUUUAAAAUGCUUGUUAACUACACAGUACGUUUUUUCUAAACAUGUUGAGUAUUAUAAUCACUACCUUGAGAAAACCAUUACAUUUCAGAAUACAAAUCCUAGAAACAGUCCACAGAUGAAGGUUACCGUAUUUUAAGAUCACAAAGAUACUUUACACUACCUCAUCCACCAUGUCCUUCCUUGCCACCCCCUCAUAAUGUCUUAUAAAAUAGCAUUAUCAUUAAUUCAAACACUAACCACUUGAGUGAUAAUCCUAAACAUUUGAGUAGGAAGUCAUUCCCACUGAAAUAGUAGGAGUGAACCAAUUCUACUACAGUAAUGUGACAAAUCUAUAUUUUAAAGCCCCACUUUUCUGACCUUUUAAAAAUGCUCAUAUCUUUAAUUCUAGUUCUAUUCAGAGGUUAUUUUAUAUGCACAAAAAUCACCACCCUAUUUUACAUUCUGUAUAAAAACACAUAUGGGAAUUUGUGUGCAAUUUUAGUCAUCAAUGUAACAAUCCUCACAGGCUUCAUUGAGUUGACUUGCCCUUUCCAAUAAUAAAGUUAGGGUUAUACACCAUUCUCCUAUACUUUUCUUAAGUAGUUUAGUUUUAGAAAAGUCAGGACUUUGUUUAUAUGUCACUGUGUUUUUAUGCUAUAUCUGUCUUCUUUAAGGUAACAGAGAAAGCCUUUUGUAAUUUAAAUACUAACCAAAAAGGUAUAAUGCUUAAAACUGAUGGCUUUUCUUUCUGUGUGUGCAAUUCUAACGACUAGCAACAUUCUGAUUUUCUCAUCUUCCAUGCAGGCCCUUCUUCCAUCUUUCUUUUACUCCACAUAUGUUUUAUGCCAUUCUCUCCUUUUGAUUUAUCUGGCAACCAGUUAAUCCAGUAUCCCGUUUCACCAUUAUUCUAAGUUGAAAGUCCCUCCCUCUCCUUUAAGUUGGCUAUAAACCCCAUGUCCUCUGUCACACUAGCAGAAAAUCCAAACAGAAUCAAGCUUUCAAUGAUGUCACAGAGAUUUCCUCUUCUUCACAUUUAAACUGCUUUUGAUCUGAUAUUACCUCUGAGAAUGGCAACUCUGCUUGCCAUUCUACCCUUUGGGGUCAGUGUAAAUAAUGCAGUGUAAAUAAUGCAGAUAACAAGCCUGCUUCUAUGCAAUUUCAAAACCAGGUAAAUGUAUACUUCUAUAUUUGCAACACAGAAAUAAAGACAUCAUUCUAAAUA